AUGAAACUUCGCUACAGUCUGUUGACUAUCCUGACUCUGGCAGUCGGGCUACAAGCGGCGCACCCUGAUCCAAACGCUUACCCUCCGUGUGCAAUUGCAUGUGAAGGUCAUCUGUUCUCCGAUUGCUCCAUAAACAACUCGACAUGCUUCUGCGCUGGCGACUGGCUUCGCGCUCCCCUGCUGAACUGUGUGACGAGUAACUGCACGACAAAAGAAUUGUUCAUUACUCGCCGAUUAGCAGAGCGGGAAUGCGACAUCAAACCUCGCAAGGGUCCGGCCGAGAUCAGUGGCUCGACACUUGCGCCUCUAAUUCUGAGUUCGCUCUUCUUUUUGGUCAGGAUUGUCGCUAAAAGUCUGGGCCUCGCUGGCGGUUGGGGAUCAGAUGACUACACUAUAAUUGGUGCAUAUGUAAUUGGAGUGGCUCUAUAUGUUCUCAAUAUCUACAUGAUCCGAUGUGGCUUUGGCCAGGAUAUUUGGGAAAUUCCCUUUCCAACCAUCACCCAGUUCUACAAGUACUUUGAGGCCUUCGCUGUUAUGUACAAGAUCCAAAUCUCCCUUGCAAAGAUCUCUGUAUGUCUGUUUCUGCUGCGGAUCUUCCAAUCGCGCACGUUCCGCUAUCUGGCACAUGCUCUUAUCUGCCUCAAUGCCGCUAUCGGCAUAACCUGGGCGUUUGUGGAUUCGCUACGGUGCAUCCCAACACAUCUGUUAUGGGAUGGAUGGAAGAACGAGGAGCCCGAACAAUGCAUCAACUUCAUCGUUGCAAUCUUAGUCAAUUGUCUGGUGAAUAUUAUCGUGGACGCAGCUUUGAUACUAUUGCCCGUGUACGAAGUGAGCAAGCUGCAGCUCCCCUUACGGAAGAAGAUCGCCGUGGGAUUGAUGUUUGUGAUGGGCUCAGUCCUGACCAUCAUCGCUAUCAUCCGCGUCGUCGUGUUCUGGAAUAACCGAUGGGGCCAGAACCAGACCGCGGAAUUGUAUCCUCUUAUCCACUGGUCUGUGAUCGAAACUCAGAUUGCCGUUAUGUGCGCCUGUCUUCCUGCAUCCCGAGCCCUGAUCAGUCAUAUCUUCCCUAACACCCUGGGCACUGCUACCGGGCGAACGUACGCGACUGGACCAUCGAAUUGGUACAACAAGGAAACUUCGGCGGGCAACAGCAGGAUUUCCAAAUCCGUAAGCUACUCGGUCAAUUAUGCGUCCAGAUCACAACAUGAUGACUCGAAUAGCUUGGUUGAGCUGGUGGAUGUGAACGGAAGGCUUCGAUGA